AUGACUUUGGAAAAGGAUCGCCCGGUAUCAACCUUUCAGAAUGAGGUGGAGGCACCUGCUCGGAAUCGUCAGAAAAAGACAGAACCCUUCGGUGAAAACAUUGGUGGCGUGCCUGGCGUAAGCUUUAUGCUGUUGUUGUGCUGCACUUGACGGUGUUCGUGGACUUAAUUUUUACAUUUUGGACCAAUCUAUCUAGGAAUAAACAAGAGUCCGGCAAGAAAAGAUUUAUUUGGCUCUUCACAUCGCCCAACCUGUCCCCGCUUUAUAAUUUGCCCUCACCCCUCCCCCAGGGCUAAACAUUUGCUAGCCCAAUUGACUUGCGGGCUAGUUUGGGACUAGUAUCUUGGCUAGCUGACAGUGCUCGAUCUGUGCGAGUAAAGGAGCCUUUCUGCUGCACCCCCUCCUUGAUGCUCACCCGCCUGCAUUUUGAACAUCACGCCUGGGGGUCCCUUUGCGCGUACACACGCGCUUUGUCCGAAUUUAGGCUCCUGCCUGGCGACUUAAAUCGCCUCGGGCUACAACGCCCUUAACUCGCCCGAGAAGGCGUGUCUACAUACUCUCCCCUUAAGGGGAGACAGUGUCGACUAGGAUUGCUGAAAAAAUCCAGUCAGUCGCAACACUAGCCCGCGACUGGGCUAGCCGUGGGCGAAUACAAUGUUAUCAGGGACGUGAGGGCAAAAGAGCAUCAGAACAUACUUAUAGUUCCCCGAAGAACAAAAAGUACUUUUUGUUCUCCGGGGAACUAUUAGUAAGUUCUGAUGAAAGUUCUGCUUCGUAGAUUUGGGGUGUUUUUUUGAAGGAAGCCACCCUUACUGCAUGUCCGCAUGUUUGCUGAUUACUAGCGUUGUAGCCGAAAGGCCCACUUAGAAAUCUGUCUUAAGUGUAUUUCCUUGGCCUGGCGCAUGCAUAGCGGAAUACAUCCCAACUAUGACAGAAUUUGACCUUAGCUUGUACUAAACCUCGUAGACCUGACUUCGUACUCUCUCCCCUUUGAAUUCUUUAUUUGUCCGAGGUUGGUGCCUCAAUUCACUUCACCUUACUCUACCAGUCAAACGGCUGACUGAACACUAUCUCAGUUUGUAGUGUUCGAAGCAAGUUUUGAGUGGGCAUGAUAUGGUCGUCAUUUAUCUGUGCUCAUAAUGCCUCCCAACCACUUCUACCCCUGUAUGAUUGGUGCCAUUGUCCUUGAUUAUCGACCAGUUACUCUCUGGCACGCGUCACUCAUUUACUAUGCAGUAUGCAUUUCGGAAAUUCGUUGGAUUAAUUUCGGCUUUCCUCUAUAGUUUCUCCCCAUGACAACACAUCUAUUUAGCUUCCACAGUAACUCCCGUACCUUUGCUUGCCCUCCUACUUUGAGUAGCCUUGCAGAACUUGACGACAUUUCUAGUACCGUCCGAUAGCAGACUUCUGACUGACCAUCGCCACUGCCGUACACGCCAAUACAGGGAUUUCCGGAGUGAAUCAAAUGCACCCACGGGGUUUUUUGUUGAUAGGAGCAUAAGUGUUGGCGAGAAAGUGUCCUCUUAGUCUUGCCACCGACCACAAAUAUCCAAACCUCACCAUCCACUGUUUAUUGUUGUUCUUAAUUUAUCAAACAUUUGCCGCAUUCACAAACCCUUCCGUUCUUUAUGGGUUCCGACUUAGUAUACGUAAAUAACAUUAAGCGAUAAUUUCCUCUUGGGUCGUCCGAAGGUCAUAUCCACCUGUCAAAUCAUAUUACGCAAUCAAGACGCAGACACUUCUGUAUUGCACCACAGCCAUAACCGGCGGAGGUUAGAGUCACUAAUAAAAUGUGUCAUGCUUCUAGCUCUGGCUCUGCCUCCGCUAUAGUCCUUUUUUGUGACAGAACCCUGGGCAACACCAGGUAUCCCACUACAGCCUUUUUGUUUUCCUUCCCUCUAGCUUUUCGCUGCUUCCCCUCUUCUCCAUGAUUGGCAGUCAGGAAAGUCCUCUGUCAGUGAACGUGUCCGUAGUCUAUUUCUCAACCCUACUCUGGCCGACGUUUAUUUCCACAUCAAGCCGAACGGCAUCUAUGAAGAACCAUUUUCAGCACACAGACCUUCUGGAAGCCAGUCAGAUUCAUCUUUUGACUCAAUGGCAAACUUCUUAACCCCGAACCAAAGGAUACCUGCCCAUUCUUUCGUGCUUGCAAUCAGCUCGGCGGUGUUUGAAGCUAUGUUUUUCGGCCCAUUGGCUUCGAAUAACCAGCGAACACUACCGCCGCGGAUCAACUGUGACAACAAUAUGGAUAUUGUGUCCUCACCUUUGUACCGACGCUCAUCAUCACCCGCACUAAGUCCGGAUACCGAACGGAAUACAUCCUUUACCACACCCAUAUCGCUUGUCACAUCCCCAACUCAACCGAUGGUGACCGAGAAUAUUGUCGACACACCACAGUCUUUCGGUGCUCCCCAGCCCUAUGAAAACCCACCCAAUGCCCCUUUUGAGGAAACCAGGCGGGCAAUGAAGCGUAGUUCCACGCCUUACACUCAGGUGGAGCCCUCGCGAGGUCAAAAUCCAUCCUUAGCAUCUUCCAACUUCCCAUUUGGUAACUACUCCUACGGAUACUGCCCGUCACAUAUAUGCUUUUAUUUGCUUCCAUACAAAGUUAGCACAGUAAUCAUCGUGAAACGUUCACUUUUGUCUGGGUUUUCCAUUUUCGUAGCCUGUAUGUUAGGAUUGUCACACCCUUUAUCGAUUUAAUGGGUCAGUUGCAAAAACAGUCUUUCACAUUUUAGAAAUUGUUCUCUAUGACGUGCACCCUAUCGCAUUCAUAAAUGUGCUACGAUUCAUUUACACCGACGAAAUCACUCUGGAUCCAAGCAAUGUUCUUCAAACUCUAUACGUUGCCAAAAAGUACGCGGUUACAAUGAUGGAGCACGCAUGCGUAGACUUUCUCAGUCAGGCAAUCAGUGUUGACAAUGCCUUCUUGCUACUGACUCAGGCCAAUUUCUUUGAUGAAAACGAACUUGCUCAAAAGUGCCUUGAGGUAAGAUUAGCGUCGUUACUAGGCAAGAAGGCCGUUAAGAACAAUUAUUUGAACCACCCUUUUCCGAUUUGCUGUCCCCAUUCGUUCGCAAUGACGGUGUAUUUUCAAAGAAUGCUCAACUAUAGCCACAAGCAAAUUCUACUCCAUAGCCUGUAGAUAAAAAGUUUGGCGACCGUUUUUACGCAACCAGAAAGUCAUUUACCUAUUUCUUGUUUCAUCAGCCUUGCUUGCCUAUGGGCCCAUUAAGGGCGUUUGGGAUUAGCGGGUGCGAACGUCUUGCAGUUGUCAACUUACCGUCCAUUUAGUAUAUAUAUUCUAGCUGAGGAUUGAGAUCGACCACAAUAUCACCGCUCCACAUUGCAAAUGACGAAGUCAUUAACCACGUCAUACAGCUCAAUGACCGUCGAUUACUUGUUGACCUUCUAUCCGUCUAACAGAAUGCCUGGCUCGACAAUAAAGUCAAUCAGACUAACUUUGAUAAUAAAUUCAUCACGCACGAUCGAUGGACUGAUCUCAUUAUUUGCUGUCAAAUGAUUAGAUCACUGGUCAGGGAUUUUUCUCGCGCGAAGCUGCCAAUUUUUGCAGUGAUUUUCUUGCAUGAUUUCAGCCUACAUUUCGUCUUUUAACAGAAGGUUUGUCGGUCAGAUGUGGUCAUGUAGCCCCACUCGUGGUAAACAAACCCCAGCCGCCUGUAAUACGGGACCGGUGUAGGGACAUUUCAUUAUUAACUAUCUUAUAUAACAGUGUAACUCCUUUACACUUCUUGACCUUAUUGGCUCUACAUUCUGCAAGUAUAUCGCACUAUCUGACUCAUCAACGGGUACCUUUUUAAAUUUAUUAUGACAUUCUCUGAAAAGAUUUGGUGGUGGCUGUGCCCUUGGUUUCUAAAAGACUUUGAAAAUUCGAAGAUACCACCGCCCCUUCUCUCUGUUAUGACCCCUUAAAAGGUAAUCGAUAAAAACACCGCCAAGGCCUUGGACUCGGACGAUUUCCUCGCCGUGGAUAGUCAGUUGCUUUGCAGUAUCCUCGAGCGAGACACUCUGUGCAUCCGCGAGGUGAGACUUUUCCUCUCCGUGCUUAGGUGGGCCAAAGCACAGUACCACAGACAACGACGACGGCAAGGGAGCUCCAGUGGUGUCACACGACACCAAAAGCGUUCGUCACUCUCCUCUUGUGCGCUUAUCCUCUCCCCGUCUGGCGACGAACCUGGCUCACUACCGUCCUUACCGCCCCCUCGCCCCUCGAGCACUCCGCUGGAGCCGGUGUCUGCCAGCAGCAACCGUGUGCAGUCUUCAGAUUCUCAGAACGUGGAAACAGCGGAAGCUGUGCCGCCGGUGGAGGCUUUACGUGAAAUCCUGGCUCCCAUCAUGCCUCUAAUACGCUUUCCGCAGAUGACUGUAGAGGAAUUUGCCGAGGUGGUGGUCCCCUCUAAGGUGCUGGAGGACUCUAAGGCAGUGGAGCUUUUCCUUUACUACGUCUCCAACACUAAGCCUGCUGUUCCCUACAGUACCAAGUCUCGUUGUUAUCUGCGCGGAGCUGAGGAAAUCGUUCGACGCUUUGGGGCAGUUGACCAGCGUUGGGACUACCGUGGCACCAGUGACCGUAUUCGGUUAGAUUUCGUUAAUCCUCUCUUCUUUCUUUUCAUACCCAUCUCCUUCGACUCAGGGAAUAUUUACCGUCUUCUCAGAAAGUGUUAUUAGGUAUUUUUGAGGUGUUUUUGGGUUGUGUCUAAGAUCGAAGGGACCUAUGCGACCACACGCUUCCUUGAAUUUAGUCCUUGCAUCGUUCCUUCGGUUCGCUUUGCAGCUCUGCUAGGAGUCCGUAGCAUUAUGCCUCAUAACUAUCUCCUCCUCGCAUGCGUCUUCUUCAGUGACAGUCUAAAAUGAUAGUAAAAGGCUCAAGUAAAGUGACACAAUUACGUGAGUCCAGAUUAGAUUUGCCACCACUGUUUGUUGGCAGACACGCGUCCGUUCGAUCUUAAACCGUGAUUUCCAUGAACCUCACUGUUAGGGGUAAUUUCAUAAGGAGUUAGUGACAGCUUCUACACCUUAACUGCGCCCACCCAGCACCGCCAACGUUCAACUGCCCCGACCUGCCCUUGCGGCCAGCGGACGUUCCGGGUACCCAUCGGUCUUAUAGGACAUCUUCGUACCAACAGCAGCACCUGGACUAUGCCAACUGCUGUCUCCCCGUCCAACUCUGCCCCAUCCUCUACUCCGACAACUAACACUGACCGCACUCAUGAACCACCACUGUCAUCCUUCUCCUCCUCCUCCACUGCCUCACCAUCCGCUACGACGGCUCAUGUACCCACCACCUUUGCACACAAUCCUGACACCAACAAACAUCAACCUCCCCACCUUCGACGCCAGCGAUGUGGACUCCAUCCAUACCUGUCCUCAUUGCGACCACACCUUCACCUCACGCAUCGGACUGGUCCGUAGCUUGCGAAUCUAUCGAACAGGGACCGACGAACCAGUGCCUUUAGCACUAACUUACACUCGCCGCAUUCGCCCCCACUGCCCGCACUGCCCCCGCACAUUCGCUCACCACAUGGGGCUCUUUGGUCACAUGCGUAUCCACGAGAGCGGAGUUCACUGCAGUCCCUACACACCUAGCGCCUCUUGCACAUCUGCCAUGUCCUGCUUAGCCCAUACUCCGCCGCCCAGCACGCCCACCACCAUCAGAUCCACCACAGCACAUCCUGCGCACCACCAUGCCUAACUCAACGCACACCUCGUUGCCCAGCGUGUCGGUCAUCAACAGCUCCAUCCCCCACCAUAUCUGAGACCGACACUGACACUGCCAAUUUCUCCUGUCCACACUGUCCCCGUACAUUCACCUCACACAUUGGCCUGGUCGGUCACUUGCGAAUCCAUCACACGGAGACUGAUGAACCAGUGUCUGGAGCACCCACAUACACUCGCCACAUCCGCCUUAACUGCCCACAUUGCGCCCGUACAUUCACCCACCGUAUGAACCUAUUAGGCCACAUGGGAAGUUAGAAGGAGGUCGAUGAGUCAGCGCAUUUUCAUCACUAUAGACAAUCUGACGCGCUUGAAGCUAUCACGGUGCGCUAAAGGCCGUAGCUUGGGAGGUUGCCAACUGACGGGAUAACUGGGACCUCGCAGUCAGCCCAGUGUUGUGAGUUUGUGUGGAGUGGCCUACUGGUGGUAUAAGGGUCAGGCCACAAUGGCUCCUUCUUAAUGUGGCCUUUAUGACACUCCCGCUCCGUGAGAUUUGUCCGCGCCAGCCCCUUCUGUUGUUAUUGGUUAAACACAUGGUCAUCUGCUGUGUGGGCUAUGGAGUGCGGAGUGGAGCCCCAAGGUGUGGGUUCGACCGUGACAUCCACCUGCGCCCUCCCCCGUCCCUGGUCUUCUUGACUAUGUCUUGAUACCGGGCUCUUUUGGGUUAGGAGAGAGUGUAGUAGAUGCAGCGCAAGUUUACAUUCACUAGAAACUAAAUCACAUGCAAGUAACCGUGUCUGCGUCACCUUGCCGUGGAACACACAGUGAACAUCGUCGGCAACGACGGUCGGACUGUCAAGCGACAGCUUCUAAACCUUCACACAUACGGACUCUGGUUUAAGGAGCACAAUACAAGGUCCCACUAAUUAUAGAUGUAGCGCUUUUUAAAAUGCAUUUCACGUUCGAAGUAGAACAGAAUAUACACAUAUUGCUUUAUUGUUUUGUCAACGUCUAUUUUCAAAGGGUUUUCGGUUAUAACACGGGCACUACUAGCAACUUGAUGCGAUGGGAUGGAAAACAUCAAGGAACAUUUCGUUUCAUACUUGUAUGCAUUAAUGUCGAAUGGCUUCUCUCAAUUCCAUAUGAAUGAAAAACCUCUCAAGUCACAACUUUUAGCGUUUACUGUUAGCUCAAAGUGCGCUAUGUUGUUUAUAGUGAGAAAAGUAAGCUCAUUAUUCAAUGCGAAUUGGCCCUACUCUGUUCUUCCUUACGUACAACAGGCAAGUCCAAGUCAACCUGACUACAGUAGGUGGGCUAACUCAUGAAAUGUCAAUCGAAAUUCCGAAAUGCGUUUUCCUUUCGAAAAGAUUAAUUGAGUAGGGUUGUACAAUUAGUCAGACUGCAACAUAAUUCUAUAAUAUUUCAGUUACCUCAGGAUGCCGCAUUUCGAAUGAACUUCCUUCCGGCUGCAUGCAAAAACUACACUGUAAAAAAUGACUACUCGAGUAGCAUAAUUUUUUUUCAUUGAUUUUCGAUGCCUCUAAAACUCCAAUUAUAUUUCAUGGAAUGCAUGCAUGAAAAUAUCCAUUCUUUUGCCCAUUUGGUAGACAAUUACGUCUUUUUCCAAUCUUAUACCCGAAGGAAGGGUAUAAUUCGGUUUUCAGAAACUUUUCCAAUUCCCGAUUAAUUUUGAACCCGCUCUACCGUUACACUUGGAUUCAGGGUUUCCAAACUACAAGCCGUAUAUUUCCCGCGAACGGAAAACCACUCAUUUCUCUACGAUAAUACGAGCGGAUCAUAUAGGGUUCAUAAAAUUUAGCAGUGGGUUUGAUCCAUAUGGUCAACUUUACAAAUCACAUUGGUAAAUGCAAAGACAUGACGAUUAAUGAACGGCCAUUUCACGGAAUUUAAAAGUCCCACAAUUAGAAACUUUUUUAUAACCUAAUUAUGUCUCCCCUUCGAGUAUAUAAUUAGAAAAAGACGUAAUUAUCUACCGAAUGGGCAAAAGAAGGAAUAUUUUUAUGCAUGUUUUCCAGGAAAUAUAAUUGAACAUUUAGGAGCAUCGAAAAUCAAAGAAAAAAAUGCAUCCUACUUUAGUGGUUGUUUUUUACAGAGCGUGGUUUUUGCAUGCAGUCGGAAAGGAGUUUAUUCGAAAUGCGGCAUCCUGAGGUAACUGAAAUAUUAUAGAAUUAUGUUGCAGUCUGACUAAUUUUACAACCCUACUUAAUUAACCUUUUCGAAACGAAAACACAUUUCGGAAUUUCGGUUGACAUUUCAUGACUUAGCCCACCUGCUGUAUGUACCUCUAAUUGCUAUGCCUACUUAUGGGGUCGGUCACAGUGACUAUCAGCAGGAAGCCUCCGUUCAUACAUGCCACAGAUAUGUCCGACUGCAUGCACACCUGUACGAAUUUAUCAACCUCAUAUUUCAUCUGCGGUACGGACAUAAUUAUUUAACACCUUUCUCAUUUCACUAUCUGAUUUAGUUAAUCCUGUGUAUGCUCUUGUUCUCCUCUUUUUCUCACUUCCGGAUGUGGGAUUUGGCAACGGAAGUUUACUGUACGAAUCUGCUCUUACUAAUGUUUGUCUGCAACCGUUCUUAAGCACAGGCAGUCGAAGAUGAGUAUUUUGUGCACAUCUCCAAGUGUUGAGGUCUUAAGCUUAGUGAACGCGGAAGUUAUGUACUUCCUUUAUCACCGAUCGGAUUUCGUGUUAGCGUCAGAGAUAUCAGAAAAUUUACCAUUUGCACAAUCCUUCCCUAUCUUAACCGAAAUGGGGCUCUGACGGGUAACGUGGCUUUACUACUUAAAUCAAAGUGUCACCAACUACUGUUGGACGUAGAACGAGUUCGUUGAACUCCCAAAAUCCACUUUUCCCUCAGUUUUGCAUAUGCUAUCAACAAUUGUGUUAUCCAGUGCUCGCAGUGCCACUGCCUAAAAGAAAGGUGUAAUUGACAAACUCAGUACCAGUUCUGACUUUCCCUCCUCCAUCCCACUCCGAAGUAUAGUAAUGUCAUCGUCUUCAACACCGUUGACACAUUUAUUUCAAUACGUUCUCCAGUUUUCCAUUUCGGCUGGAGAAAUGUUGGACUGUGGCCAACUUGUGUAACAAGAUGCAUCUCACUUUUUUUACCUCCAUCAUCUAACAUUUAAUCUGUUGUUCCCACUCUAGACCUCUCAUCCGACUUGCCAACGCCUUUUUAAUUUCAUUUUCUGACUCUUUUUAGUUUCAUGGUCGAUCGUAAGAUCUACGUGGUCGGCUUCGGCCUUUACGGCAGCAUACAUGGCCAGAGCGAAUAUGAGGCGAGUAUUGAGGCAAGUCUCUGCUCUUUCAACCGCUCCUUUUUUUAUUGUCAUUGGUCCGCCCAUCCGGCUACCUCGUCAGCUGGCUUUUAUGCGGAAUACCGCAACCUUUUGGCAUAACUGAGUGUGUGAUACUACUGACGAGGGCGGAGACCUGCCAAUAUCGCCACUGUCAGGUGACUGUAUAACCACCACAGCAAGGUUCUGCAUUAAAGUACUACCUCGAACGUGCAUGUUUUAUCAACUUGCCGGCCGUUGUUUCAACCAAAAGAAGCCUCACGUAAAAGUAAACAGAUUUGGAUUGUCACUUGCCUUGAAGUAUUUACUGAAGAGAGUGCAAAUUCCGAAAAUAGACUGAAAUGUUUGUCAAGCAAUAGUCAUCUGCACCGUCUGUUGCUGCUUGGAUAGUCUACUUCUGAUUAACAGGCGAUAAGGCAGAACAAUAAGGGAAAAUUCUCGUGAUGUCUUUGAGUGGGAUCAAAAUAACCCUCAUGCCUUCUGCAUCCACUGGCUAAGUUGCCGUACCUGACAUCCUUUCGAAGACACCAACCGUCUCUCCUUGGUUUACCCCACAAAUAAAUUAAGUACAUGCAGUUUUUAUCCCUUUUUCGUGGUUUUACUUACUUUGCGCUAAUGAAUAGUGUUAAUAUUUAAGUGGCCAUGCCCCAAUGUCAAGUUUUCAGCCUUAUAACAUGCCUUGUAGUACAGCGCAGACGUCGAUCGAGUGCACCCUGGCCGAAGUUAGAGCAGCCUUGGACUUAGAAUAGUAUUAUCUGUGUAGUAGGUAUUUUGAGUCGGUUCAUUAAUUGGUUAUGAUAAUCAAUCUCGAAGUUCUAUUCCCUUAGGACAGACCGCAUUAAAGGGACUUUCAGUAAGUCGAGGAACCCAAACUGCUAACCCUAUUGCAUAUCAAAUAUGGCAUGCGUAGGCCGUACCCUAGCCCUCAACUCGCCAUUCGAGGAUGAGUCAAGGCUACCCUGGACUACGGCCGUAGGAUUAUUUUAAAUGCAGACGUUAUCCGUCAGCAAAAGUCAUCUCUGUGACUAGAGCUCACCUCUGGUCCACCAUUGUGAGAGUUCUAGUCAACAGCAGUUCUAACCGUUAUAUAUCUGUUUUGGCAUUCAACAUGCUUGCACUCCACCGUCCUUGACCGCGUUACCGAAAAGGCUGCUCACGACCGAGUGCGAAUCCGGAAAUUCGAGCAAACAAAAUGUUUGUUCCUAUGUCCGAAUCCCCCCAACUGCUUCCUGGAACUCGCCUUUUCGCCGGCUGACCUUAGCUAAACUCAGAGUAUCGUCUUGCUAGCUGACGACCAGAAUAUCCGGUAAAUGGGUUUGUUAGCUCAACCACCCCAUCCACAAAUUCUGCAAUGGUCAAAGUAUUUGCGAACUGCACUCUAAUUUCCGGUCGUCAUCCUGAAGAAGUUGACAGCCUUAACUAUCUCAAAGCCAAGUCGUCGCCAUGCAGGCAAAGAAAGGAUGACGUCGUCCGAAUAAAUACAGUUUGAAAAGUUUUUGUAGGCCGUCGAACGUUUCAGAUCCGCUGUCGCUGAUUGUCGAGUGCUUGGGUAUUACCUGCAAAUUUGCUGAACUUACCAAAAUAUGUGCGAUCACAUCUGUUUUUAAGUAGUAAUAAGUAAGAUGCCUUGGUCUGGAGUGGACAUUCGGUCAGCUAUCAUAUUGAUCCCCCAUUUGCCCGCUAUGUUCCAUGCCACCAGUUUGAUCUCGAGGAACAUGGGCUAACUCGACCGUUGGUCCAUGGGGUACCCCACUUAUUUGCCUUAAAGUCAUAUGGAACAAUGGACCGUCAAAAUAUCCCCGAUGUGACGACGCCAUGGUGCUUUGAGCCACCGAGAUGACGCGUUAGCUGUCCGCUGUUCGUCCGGGAGAGGCGGAGCUUGCGCUGUAAAAUACGUUCCUUUUUACUGUGCGAUUUGUCUUCGAUACUUAACCACAGGCCCAAGCCUUUGAAAGUCAGAUACCCCAUAAAUCUGUUUGGGUGAUACCCUUUCUCGCUUGAAAUGGCUGCAGUGGAAGGCUGAUAUGCAUUGUCCGUUUAUAGAUUUGUCGGUGACUUGCGAGAUUUUUUGACUUCUUUCAUUUUCAACCAGUAUCUUCGAAAUGCAAGUCGUUUUAGGGCUUCUGGUAUCGCCAUUUGUCAGUUCAUCAAAGACCUUAUUGUGCUUAUGAAUCGACUCCGUUUUAUGGAUCGCUUAACAGCACGCCUUCAGCAGCCCUUUUCAAGCAAAAGUGUGUGUAUUAUGGAAGGUUUUCAAAAGAAUGCGACACCUCAGUUGCUUAUGCAUAUAUACAUGUAUUAACUUCUUGUGACAGCAGUCCACGAUGAAUGAACUGUACACGCGAAUGAAAUAGAUGAUAUAUACGCCACGUCAGCCAUGCUUCUGCUCUCCGGCUGGCCGUCGGUUCACACCCCUGUCUGGCCCCGAAGAUGACUUCUACGUCAGUUUAGGGCAGUGGUUCAAUCAUCGAAAGUCCACAGGUCGAGGACGCUUUUGUCAUCAAGGAGAGCCAUGUGGCCCUGGAUCCUUCAGCGCCAACUUUUGAAGGCAUGGCUUGAUCCAGAUCUGGCAGGCAGUUGUGCAGGCUGUUGCUAACCACAAUCGGAGUCUGACGACUGUGGGCCUUCAUGUUUGGCAGAAAACAUGAGAAGAGAGCUCCCAGGCCCUUCUUCGGUUUGUAGUCCUUGUAGGUGAAAUCAUCGUAGACUACGCGUGGUCCGUCCUCUUCGUGCAAGCGAAACAUUAUUCGCGCGGCGGCAGAUUGCGUCGACUUUUGCUGACCCUGUGCUGCCACGGUUUGAGUGUGCGCUGAAUAUCGAUUUCUGCCCGUAUGUCACGUGCGGAUCCCAGCGCUUAAAAGUAGCAGACUCUGUAAUGUCCGAGCCAGGUAGGGGUUUAACUUCUUCCUCCAGACGAGUCUGCGUAUGCUUCCUUAGUAUUACCACUUUGUCGAAUGUCUUCUUGGUUGGAAUCCUGUAAACCAGUGUGAAGUGGACUCAUCGGUCUCGAAACGCAAGCACACACAAAUUAGGAUAGAUUGGUGCUAAGGACGUUUGUUGAAAAUAUAACAACGCGCUACAACUAUUUCUGUUUCGUCUUCUUCUCAACCUCCUCCUUCCGGGCGUUCCCUUGGUCACCCCCUUCGCACCCUUCCAAAGCGGUAACGAAAAUCAAGUUCGAAAAACAAGUGGGUCUAAAAAAGAAAAUGAUUGACAGGGUCACAUUUAAACAACAAGCCCGGGCUGCCCUUCUACAAUGUUAAUACUUGGUCGGAUUGAGUUCUCACAACGCCCGAUCUCGUGGAAUUCGGAUUUAUACGGGUGAAAAUGCUAAAAGUGGUCAGAACAACCACAAAAGUGCUAAUUGUCGGUGUUUGUUUAGACCCAUCAAACGCUGACGCAUUUGUCUGGCGCCUUAUGCAAGGAGACGAUGAGAACGCCACAGUAAGCCUGUGCGCGACGCGUCACUGUCAGUGCCGACAACUGUGUACCGCCUCAUAAACAGUGCAAAUUGAUUGUUACUUUGUUAACGAAGGUAGCUACGCAUAUGUGCGUAUUCGUGGCGUUGUUACCAGUAGCACAUAGCGGCGCGUGGGAAACGCUACGCGUUUAUCGCGUCUAGCGUCAGCAAGCCAUGGACUAAGCUUACAGUUAGAAUUUUAGGCUGGCGGUACGGCAGCCUAACUCGAUAUUUGUAACUUAAUUUACCCAUAAACUGACAUCUUACCCACUAUCCAAUCGAAUAUCUGGGGAAGAUUAUUUUUCCAUUCGUGAAAAUCCUUUUUUCAGCCAAGUUUUGCGACAAGUCAGUCUUACCAGAUACCCUUGACCUCCUAACUUUAUAAAGCUGACUUCAUCUUAACUAAAAUUCUACGGCAAGAGGACGCGGAGACAGUCAUGCUCAGAAAUACGUCCGAUGUCUUAUUUUGAGGCCCAUAUUUCUUUAGGCGACACUUCUCUUUGUACUCAACAUAACGAUACGCUGGCGUGACCGUGGAAACCCGUUGUUAUGUCAACCUACCAAAUGCAAUUGUUCUAGUCUGUACCUUUAGCUGACGAAGUGAGAUUACUGAGGUAAUGCAUAAACGAGAAAUUGAAGUAGGCAAAAUCCCUGGCUAGACAAAAUCGUAGUGCUUGGUGUUUUACUGAUUGUUUUAUUUACCACUUUGGCUACUUUUACCUUGGCCUAUUAGAUACUUACUCAGUUGGAGGCAAAGAUGUUAGAGACUUGUGGAUUAAGUUAAUCGGCGGGCUGACUGCUGUUCACUGAUGCCCAAUGCAUGCUAAAACGGGGUACUUUCAUUUACUCAGUAUCCAGGAUUAUCAGCCAGCCUUACAGAUUACGUCGCAGAAUCCUGAUUUGGGAGAUACACUUUUUGUUGAAUGCCUACUGGUCAAGUGCGGUUAGGGUAUUCAACAACCAGGUCGGACAGAAUUAUUGUGUAGUGUCUCAAAUGCAUUUUUGCAUUUCAGGGCGUAAUAUCUGAGUCGACUUGAUUGGGUUGUGCUUGGGAAUGCGAUCAUGCAGCAAAAAUUAGAAAAGUCCUCGGUGGACAGCCGGACGGCUGCCAUACACUGAUUAAUGUGAGGUCGUGUUUUCAACACAUCAGCACUUCCCCAUCCCACUCAAGAGGCGUGUGAUUCUUCUCGGUGUUUCUGUUGUUUGUUCACCAACAUGCUUUUCCUCUAUUCAAGUCAACGCAGCAGACAGAUAUUCCCUACAACGUGCUCAACCGAUGCGAUGGACCACUGGUCGAUGCUUGUUGACGUCGAAAGUAAUUGGUGCUCUUUCGUCGCCUCGAUUGGGGUUGUUCCUUUUGCCUCUGUUAAUCGACCCGUCAGCUGCGACGACGGCAGUUUAUAUUUCUUGAAGUGGGGGCAGGCCUUUAGCUACACGACAACGAUUUGUCAACAGUUCGUUUUAAAUUUGGUCGUUUGCGGUCCUUCUAAAACGUGACUUGCAGUUUUUUGCUCAUGCGCGAGGUUAUUUUUAGCAUACUUCAACGUAUCUUUGCACGGGCUCAAGGACUUAUUCUCGACCGACUUAUGCCUAGAUCAAUUCGUCCCACAAGAUUCGACUCCAUAUAGUAAGUUUAAUGUAAUGGUCUCGAAAACUGAAAACUCGCUUAAUACUUCGUCUGAAAGUGGGCAGUUCUCCUAACUGGCCCCCCCUGCUGAAGACAUUUGACAUUGCCAGACAUAGUCCUAUCGUGUAAUCAAGUCCGGUCAUCUUCACUUUCGGUCCGCGUUGACCCUACCUAGCCGAACUUUCUUGAUCACAACUAAAGACAUGUUUGCAUCAAGCUGGUCAAACGACUUCAUAUUGAAAGCCCAUAUCGUAUUCUAAAGCCCGACUAGCCAGGUUCCAUUUAUGUGUGAGGCUUAAGUAGGUUAAAAUAUUUUUUGUUGCCUCUAGUGGCGCCUUUGUUGCUCUUUUUUGCAUCUGUUGUGUAAUACCUUAGCUUCUCCGUGGUGAUUUGCAUUUGUGCACCUUUUCCUCUCUAAACAUUGUCUACAGACGACUUUUUUAUGUGAGCCACCUCGGAAAACUGUUUUACUCCAUUUCCACUUUUUCCACAGAUUGUACAUCCAGAGUCCGGGGUAGUUCUGGGCAGCAACGAUGUGACCUACUUGGCAGACGGCUCAGCAAACACUUUCAGAGUGGCAUUUAAGGAGCCCAUCCCCCUGAAUCCACACGUUAACUACCUUGCCAGCGCUACCAUCAAGGUAGGUUCUUUCGCUGUUAUAACCUUUCCUCUGCUUAUUUGUCACCAUAUUAUUCCCGUUUAAGGCGAAGACCGCCACCUACAGGAAGAGCACUCUUUAUCCUUUCGAAAGUAGUAUAUUAUUACUUGAUCAUGCGAAAGUGGCGCUUGGGUUAUUGUUGACUGGUAAUGAUGAAAAGCCAUUCCAGUUGCCAUAUAUUUUACUUUUUUCCUUCUGCCAUGUUGCUUAAUGUUGUCGCUGAAAUAUUUGUUUGCUGCGUGUUCUAAUUCUUAUUAAUACGUAUGCAUGUAUUUCGCAUAUCCAUUACUUAAGGUGCUUACUAGGUAUGAGCUCAGAGAAUGACCCAGUCCUGGUAACUGUUCGCUGUGGUUGCCCAAGUACGGUAGGUAGACUAACUCAUGAAAUGUCAACCGAAAUUCCGAAAUGCGUUUUCGUUUCGAAAAGAUUGAUUAAGUAGGGUUGUAAAACUAGUCAGCCUGCAACAUAAUUCUAUGAUAUUCCAGUUACCUCGGGAUGCCGCAUUUCGAAUAAACUUCCUUCCGACUGCAUGCAAAAACUACACUCUGAAAAAUGACUGCUUAUGUAGCAUGAAUUUUUCUCCUUGAUUUUCGAUGACCUUAAAAGUCCAAUUAUAUUUCAUGGAAAACAUGCACAAAAUACUAAUUUUUUGCUCAUUCGGUAUACAAUUACGUCUUCUUCUAAUUUUAUACUCGAAGGAGAGACAUAAUUAGGUUUUAAAAAAGUUUCUAAUUGUGGGACUUUUAAAUUCCGUGAAAUGGCCGUUCAUUAAUCGUCAUGUCUUUGCAUUUACCAAUGUGGCUUGUAAAGUUAACCAUAUGGAUCAAACCCACUGCUAAAUGUUAUGAACCCUAUAUGAUCCGCUCGUAUUAUCGUAGAGAAAUGUGUGGUUUUCCGUUCGCGGGAAAUAUACGGCUUGUAGUUUGGAAACCCUGAAUCCAAGUGUAACGAUAGAGCGGGUUCAAAAUUAAUCGGGAAUUGGAAAAGUUUCUAAAAACCGAAUUAUACCCUUUCUUCGAGUAUAAGAUUGGAAAAAGACGUAAUCGUCAACCAAAUGGGCAAAAGAAUGGAUAUUUUCAAGCAUGCUCUCCAUUAAACAUAAUUGGACUUUUAGGGGCAUCGAAAAUCAAUGAAAAAAAAUGUAUGCUACUCGAGUAGUCACUUUAAAGAGUGUAGCUUCUGCAUGCAGCUGGAAAGAAGUUCGUUCGAAAGCCGGCAUCCUGAGGUAACUGAAAUAUUAUAGAAUUAUGUUGCAGUCUGACUAAUUUAACAACCCUACUUAAUUAAUCUUUUCGAAACGAAAACACAUUUCGAAAUUUCGGUUGGCAUUUCAUGACUUAGUCCACCUGCUGUAUGUAACCUCUAAUUGCUAUGCUGUCGUAGUAAUUAAUGCGCAAUUUGCCCAAACGAUGACACUGAAGUCCUGUUUCAUGCAUAGAAAAUGAAGGUUGCAGUUUACGCGGACAUUUUGACGGCUUCACCUACAUGUUCUAUGAUUUACGCCAAUUUGACACGUUCAGGCUAAUCGCUAGACCCAUUUGGUCAGUGGGAGCUAGGUUCUUUCGUUGGUUAUGGGAUAAUUAUGGCAAAAUGGCUCCACGCGAGGCCCGCUGUCUGUGUCUUCUCAUCCACAUUGUGACCCAAGAUUUUAACUCUUGCGACAGGCCAACACGACGCCUUCUCAGCCACCUGCCAUGGGCUGCAUCAUGCACCGAAACUCCUACGAAAUUUGUUGGACCCUCCAUCCCUAAUUUUAAAUGGAAAAGAUUACACAAGCGCUGUUGAAAUACUGAUUAUCAUGGAGCACAGUCUUAAACUCGUUCAGUAGGACACUGAAGUAGGCACCCCCCGCGUAUUAGAGGUGGCAUUGCGCUAAAUUCCGAGGGGGUUAGGGUUAGGACACGGAAUGGGUACCGUCUGGAAUUUAGCGCCAGACCAUCUGUCACACGGGUGUACCCAUUCUCGUUUCUAACCUUUAAUCCAUCCACUGUAGUUUGCCAGCUUUUGGGUGAACAUCUUUCCAGCCGAUUAUUCGGCCUGUAGUAGAAGAAAGCACGCAGUCUACUAUCUGGAGUGUGCGAUAUUACUCGCAACCCGCAUGACCCGACGCUCGUCUAUCUAAAAUUUUUACGAGAACAUGGAGGCCUCUGGGUAGGGAUGUGUAGAGAUCUACCCCCUUUAAGUGGACCAAACAUAUGUAGAUGCAUUUUAGAAACCGUAAGGACAUAGAAGGAUGUGAAUCAUAUUUUAAUAUAUACACGGUUCAUUAAAAAUGUGAUUUAAACGCAAUAUUUACUCUCAAGCGCCAAUUUUCGAGCAUGCGGCCUCCCCCGCACAUCGAGUACUUGAAAUGAGACUGUGUAUUCCUUCUGGAAAAUGCAAUUGUGUGCGAACGUCACAGAAUACUUUGAUUGUAAUCUUUGCAGCAUGUGGUCAAAGCAGUUGGGUUGACUUCUCAUCCAAAAGUUAGCAUGUUAGGGUGCAUAAAUUGCCCUCUCUCCCCCCAGUGAGUUUCUUAAGCUUGCAUAAGUAAUCAUUUUUUUCUUGAGAAUUUGCGUGUAAAGAUUGUAGCCGAGGACCGCUGAGUUUCCGCAACGACUGCGUAGAUGCUGUUUUUUGUGUUCUGACGGUCUUUUUGGUACAAGAUAUCCCACACGUCGCUUUAUUAGUUGAAAGUAAAUUAAAUUUUUAAUUUGUUGAUUUUAGACUUAUGUUUUUGACCACAUAAAAAGUAGUGAAGAUGGAGAUUUUUAUGACUGUGGCAUAAAUAAGGAUACCUUUAACUUGAUUCAGAAGCACAGAAUCUAGUUGGGGCGUUUUCAAUAAGGGCUCUUAGCGUGUUUGACUCCAUUAUGUGAAACUCUUCCGGAAUGUUGUUCUUAAGCUGCUGGAUGCCUGUGCUGGUAGUAUAAUGAAUCAUUCGAUAUGAGUAUCAUAUUUGCACAAGUUGCCGCUGCCCUCUGGAAUAAUUGUGUUGGGUAGACAGACUUGUGGUAACUUAAGUGGGGACCUUGUUCUCUGCCUGUUAUACAAAAAGUUUUGCAUUUUUACAUCUAGAGUCAUACUCCUGCACAAGUUACUUAUCUUUCGAGCCUUUAUGUUUUUGUUGUUUCCUCAAUUUCUUACGGAUUAUUCAAACGUGAACGUCCUGCCGAACUCUUGUUCGCGAGACUAGUUUCGUGUAAACUAUUGAUGGUGCUUUCAACAUACAUGGCUCUUGUCCCAUGACCCAUAACAAACUGGCACAAGAAGCAUUAUUUUAUCUGUCUUCACCCUCUUAACCAAUUUAUUCGUAUUUUUCUUGACUUUAUAAAGUGUGGCAGGCCAUUUAGGGAUAAUAAAUGUCUAGUGGCCUUUUUGUAAACUCCUCUAUUCUAGGGCCAGGACACUUACUAUGGCACCCGAGGACUCCGCGAAAUUGUUCAUGAGUGUACUUCCGCCGGCAAGGUCACCUUCCGUUUUUCCUACGCGGCCUGCACGAACAACGGUACCUCGGUGGAGGACGGUCAGAUUCCAGAGAUUAUAUUUUUUGUCUAA